CUUCAAAGCUAAUUAUGUGUUCGCUUGUGAGUCACAGGGUGUUUCUGCAAAGAGACCCAGAGCCAGCGCCCUGUUCAAUCGUUUCCACUCCUGGGGAGGGGCUGCGUCCAUGUCCAGGCCAUGUCACUGAAAUAUUAUCUCCUCUUGCUGGUGGGCUGCCAAGCCUGGGCUGCAGGCUUGGCCUACUAUGGCUGCCCUAGUGAAUGUACCUGUUCCCGGGCCUCCCAAGUAGAGUGUACAGGGGCACGGAUUGUGGCAGUGCCCACCCCUCUGCCCUGGAAUGCUAUGAGCCUGCAGAUCCUCAACACGCACAUCACCGAGAUCCCGGAGACCCCGUUCCUCAACGUCUCAGCCCUCAUUGCCCUGAGGAUGGAGAAGAACGAACUGUCCAACAUCAUGCCAGGUGCCUUCCGCAACCUGGGUUCGCUGCGCUACCUCAGCCUGGCCAACAACAAAAUACAGAUGCUGCCCCCUGGUCUCUUCCAGGGCCUGGACAAUCUGGAAUCCCUCCUUCUGUCCAAUAACCAACUGGUUCAGAUCCAGCCAGCCCAGUUCUCCCAGUUUAGCAAUCUUAAGGAACUCCAGUUGCACGGCAACAAUCUGGAAUACAUCCCCGAAGGUACCUUUGACCACCUGGUGGGCCUCACCAAGCUCAACCUGGGCAAGAAUGGCUUCACCCACCUGCCACCUAGGGUUUUCCAGAACCUUGGCAACCUCCAGGUGCUCCGGCUGUAUGAGAACAGGCUUUCAGACAUCCCCAUGGGCACUUUUGAUGCUCUUGGCAACCUCCAGGAGCUGGCCCUCCAGGAGAACCAGAUCGGCACCCUGUCCCCUGGCCUGUUCCACAAUAACCGCAACCUCCAGAAACUGUAUCUGUCCAACAACCACAUCUCGCAGCUGCCGCCUGGCAUCUUCAUGCAGUUGCCCCAGCUGAACAGGCUCACGCUCUUCGGCAAUUCCCUGAAGGAGCUCUCCCCGGGCAUCUUUGGGCCUAUGCCCAACCUGCGGGAGCUUUGGCUCUACAACAACCACAUCUCCUCCCUCCCUGACAACACCUUCAUCAACCUGCCCCAGUUGCAAGUGCUGAUUCUUAGUCACAAUCAGCUCAACUCCAUCUCCCCAGGAGCCUUCAACGGCUUGACGAACCUGCGAGAACUGUCCCUCCAUACCAAUGCACUACAGGGCCUGGAUGGAAAUGUCUUCCGAGCUUUGUCCAACCUGCAGAAUAUCUCCCUCCAAAAUAACCGCCUUCGACAGCUCCCCGGCAGCAUCUUCGCCAACGUCAACGGCCUCACGACCAUCCAGCUGCAGAACAACAAUCUAGAGAACUUGCCCUUGGGCAUCUUUGACCACUUGGUGAACCUGUGUGACCUUCGUCUCUAUGACAACCCCUGGAGGUGUGACUCAGAUAUCCUCCCACUUCAUAACUGGCUCCUUCUCAACAGAGCCCGGUUGGGGACAGACACUCUUCCAGUGUGUUCCAGCCCAGCCAAUGUCCGAGGCCAGUCUCUUGUCAUCAUCAAUAUCAUCCCUGGGCCCAGUGCCCAGGUUCCUGACGUAUCUAGCUACCCGGAAGUGCCACGCUAUGUAGACCCUAAUCAGCCAGGGUCACCCAGCUAUCCCGACACCACAUCCAUUUCCUCUACCACAGAGAUCACCACCGCUGUGGAAGAUUACACAGAUCUGACCACUGUCGAAGUCUCCGAUGACCGCAAUACAUGGGGCAUGACUGACGCCCAGACGGGGCUGGCUAUUGCCGCCAUUGUGAUCGGCAUCAUUGCGUUGGCCUGUUCCCUAGCUGCUUGCAUCUGCUGCUGUUGCUGUAAGAAGAGGAGCCAGGCGGUCCUGAUGCAGAUGAAGGCUCCCAAUGAGUGUUAGGGAAGCAGGCUAAAGCAGGGCUGGGGAACAAUGACACCAGAGGACCAAAGCAUGCCAUCAUUCAGCUUCCAAACCUGGGUCCACACAGUCAAGCUCGGAUGGCCCAGGGGAAAACGCCCCCAUCUUGUCCUGAGCCCCUGAGUCUUCUAUAGAGAAGCAGCCAUUUCAGGACCUUUUACUCCCAGAGAAAUUGAAUUGGUCACUAAACAAACAAAGAAACACGCAACCCCAGAGGCAUCCUUCAGAGGGACCCUCUGUCAAAUCCUCACUGCUGCACCCAGCCCCUCUCAGCCUCUGUAGACUUAAUGAUGACAAGGCCUGCUCACGUUAUAAGAUAGUUAGUUCUCUGCUGGGACAACCCAUGCCUCAAAGCAUUAUAUAAGUUGAUUUUUUUUUCUUGCUUCUCUUUUUGUGCCAUGGCUUGACUCUAUUCCCUCAAGUGAGAGGUUACCCUUUGUUUUUUUGCUGCCAAAGGCAGACUUAAGUUCUCUCUGUGAGAAGGUUUGGAUCUUUUAGCUCACUGCCCUGGCUUGGAGCACAUGCUAUAAGUCAGAAAACACCUCUGCUGUCGGUCCCUCGGGCAGAGCUGUCAUCAGAAUCUGUUGCAACAGUUCAGCCCUUUAGAGAAGGACGUUUAAAGCCACUAGCUUUCCUCCAAAGAUCUUAUCCCUUUAUGGUAUAAAAUCACGCAGUCAUUAAGUUCUCAAAACUUGGAAGUCAGCUCAUUAACAAUGGCUAAAAGGACACAACCUCCCAGGGCCCUUGUACUCAGCCCUUCACUUCCCCUUUCUGAUUGUGUAUUGAAGGAUCACGUUCAUACAAAAAGUGGAGUGAUAGCGUACAGCUUGAUGAAUUCUCCCAAUCUCAAUAGAUAUCUGUGUGAUCAGCAUGAUACCAAGAAAAGACAUCACAGUGUCUCCACUCCAAGCUUGUUCUGAAGGACUUCUGGAGAUGCUGUGGACUUCCUAGCUUUCCAUGGGCUAGGGAGGGAUCCUCCCCAACCUCCCCUACCCCUCCGUGGGCAGCUUUUGCAAAGGUCUAGCUGUUGGGAGUGAGAAAGAGAGAGAGGUACAGUCAGGACAAGAGGCAACUGAGCUGGCCAGACCAGAAGCAUCUGAAGUACAGUAGCCCGUGGAAGCACACUUCUCCCCUGCCAACAAGCCCUGUUCUGUUCAUCCGCAUCCCCUCAACCCGUCCUUGUAUGGGUAUUUAUAUGCCCAUAUCUGUUUCUAAUUUUGUUCUCCAUUUGGGGGAAGCAAAAUAGCUCAGAGAUGAGAUCUUCCAAUUGAAUAACCAAGUAUAAUGGAAACCAGGAAUUGUGGUCAAAUUCUUCAUCAACACUAGUCAGCUGGUAGCCAGACUCCAGGGUGUUCAGAGACGACAGAUACCAGGGCAGGCUGGAAGUUCGCGUGAGGGCGUGGGCUCACUUUGCUCUGGGUUCUGGUUAUGAGCUGAAUGGUUUAGUUUAGAGUUUUCUCUUUGAGUGACAGCCACAAUUCAUCUGCCUUGACUGUGUUUCCUGCUACACCUGUGUCUAUUUCCACACUUUCAACAGUUACGAAGGUGACCUAGCUCUCUUAGGACAACUGAUACACCUGUGCAGAAGCAAAAACAACCAAACACAGUGGGGGCACACCUUGAAUCCCAGCCCUGGAAGGCAGAGGCAGGCAGACCUCUGAGUUCAAGGCCAGCCUGGUCUACAGAAUGAGUUCCAGGACAGCCAGGGCUAUGUAUAAAAACCCUCCCUUGAAAACAAAACAGUGAAACGGAGAAUGUCAGGUUUUCCUAUCCUCGAGGGAAGGACUCUCUCUGACCACAGGGCUCAGGAAAUGUACUUCCAACCUGCAAUGGUGCUUACAGAGCAAACAAGAAAUCCCUCUGAGUCUUGGCAACAGAGAGCCUCCCCUCUGGUUCCCUAACAGAAUAGUCCAGAAAGAAUGCUUGUGAGAACCAGCACACUCUGCCCCGGAGAAUCUGAUGUCAGUCAAAAGAUAUCUCCUCAGGGCAAACCCUGGUUCACAUGGACCAAGGAUGUCCCUAACCCCAGAGAGAGUGUGAGUGUGCUUCUGCUGACUGGCCCGUUGGUGGAUCCUGAGCUGAAGAGAGGGAGCUGGGCCUGCUCUAUUGCAGUGCUGCGUUCUCCAGAACCAUCUGAUGAUUCUUGUGAGCUACAUCCGGCCUCAGGGAGCUAGGGCUGGAGAGAGCUGGAAUCUGCAGUAUCCAGGGUCCCCUGCCAGUUAUAACCUGGAGCCAGUGACCACUUUUGACAUUGGCCACGACAGGGAUAGACCUUGCUGGCCCAAAGGCUGGCCUGGGAGCAGCUGUCUCUCAUGGCCUGCCUAGGAGCUCACGGACAGUGAUCUAUGUGCACACAGGUGCUAGUGACAAGGGAGCCUUUUCCUUUCUCCCCAGUACAGUGUCCAGAUGGUGUCAUCGGGCCUGUUCCUUAUCCGUGGGCCUUUCGAUUUCUCCACAUCUUCUGGUCAGAGAGGGAGGUGCUGGGAACACUGUGUGGAGGGUUCUUUCCAGUAGGGUAAUGCAUUUGCUCAAUUCUUGGAGCUGGAAUGAGCUCUGUAGCCCAUAGACGUCUGUGAUGCAGCACAGAGUUCAGCCCUCUUACCCUCUCUGUUAACUGGUGUCUAGACUACCAUGGCCAGCAUUUAUGUGGAGCGGGGAGGGGAGUGGAUGCUGGAAGAAGUUAAUAAAGGCCAACUAGAGUCACCAUGUUAACAGAUCCUGGGGGCCUGGGUGCAUCUCUUUCUCACCUUCUCGACUCCUUUUGAGUUUAGUCACACCGCUAUCCUCUUGUGUUGGAGCCUUUUCUGCACAGUGCCCAGCAGACCAUCUCUGUACAAAGUCUCGUGGGCUGUCUAGGGCUUCCAUCACGAGACCAGAGGAAACAGGCUGUACACAUACUUCUGGGUUCUCGGAGCUUCUCACUGGCAGCCACACAGUUCCCACGGGCAUCCAGAUGGAACUCUGGAAUCCGCUUCCAGCCUCGGGAAGGAUAUGAAGAGCAGGCCGGUCACCGGAGUCAGGAAGCAGGCCUUGUGUGUGUUCUAGACUUAGCUACAUGCUACUCCAAGGUUCAGGCCCAGACCCCAUGGUCAGAACCAGAUCUGGACGUUGAAUGAUGGUGAUCUCAGGAAGGAAGACACCAGUGUGGUACAAACAGAGAGGGCAGCAGGAAGCUCCAGGGUGAAACACCACCAGGUCCCAGGGCCCUAAGGAGAGAGUGAACUUGCCUCCCGUUGCCUUUGCUCUGCAUUCUAGAAUAAUCACACUUGCCUUACGAGACGAUCCUUGCAAAGAGUCCCAGCUGCUCGGCAGCGCAUUUAGAGCUUUCUAGACCCCUGGUGUUUUAUAGAAUGUGAGCCCUGGUGGGCAGGGUUGGGGGUCUGUCCUUUGCUAGAUGCUGCUUGUGGUAGAUUUGGUGUACAGAAUCAACAAUAAACAUAUACGCG